AUGAUGUCCCUUUUGCUUUUCAGCUCCCUGACGUUAUUAUUAUCAUCCUCUGUUUGCGAAGCCUCUGGCGUUCGAGGUGCCACCGUCAAUAUCAUCAAGGAUACCCCCAAGAACAGCGCUGACAUUGUCCGAGGCAUUCUCUUCUCCGAUCCACCAGAACAAGACGAAACUAACAAUGGUCGCCAGCUAACACUCUCAUCGAAUGGCCGGGACUGUCCCAAUGAACUCAAUAUCGACGUGGUCUGCAAAGGAGAUUGCGAUUUCGCCUCCCGUUCAUUGACUUGUGAAUCCAAAAUGUUUUUCUACCAUGGUGGACCCUGCCGGAACACUCCCGACACGGUCGCCGUGGCACGAACGAUUGCCGCCAACAGCGAUUCUGCCGCCGAUUGUCAAGACCACAAUGAAGGACCUCCCAUGGAUCGAGGCGAGACUGUCUAUGUGGUGAUUACCGAUACGCAAAAUCCCAACCUCACCACCACUCAAGAAACUACGGUGGGCGGCUACUUUUGGACCGACUUUGAAAACAUUCCCACGGGAAUGCCGGGAUGGAGUGAUAUUCAGAAUGUGACCUUUUAUUCCUCCAAUGUGACGACGGAUUACGACAAUAUGCUGCAAACCAUGCUCUUUUAUGCCCCCUGUAUGACGACGCCAUUGGAAGUGCUCGAUCAAGAUCAAAGUGUCCAACUUGUCGGAUUGGCCAUUGAUCCCGCCCUCCAAACCGAUUUGGAACUCCAAGUGGUUAGUAAAACGACACAAUCCUGGCAGUUGACCAGUGCCAGUGUGGCACUCAAUGUGGACCCCUACUUUCAAGGAUUGCCCGUGGUGGGAUUGCCCAACACGGUGUUUGAUCAAACGGCUCCUCUGGGUGUACCAUUUUCGGUGGAAGUGGGACACAACCAUUCACUCUCGGUUUUGGCAUAUGCAUCGGCUCUAUCGCUAGAUGGAUUGUCGCAAUGCACCGUCAGCACAAUGGUACAUUGGUCCAUUCCACCCCUGUUCUAA